CCAUCCCUCUCUCUCUCUCUCUUUCUUAUGUCCUGUGCUGUUGGUGCUUGUGCCGUUCCAAACGGAUCCAAUUUUCCUUAAUUAAAUCUCUUAUCUCCGUCAUUUCAACAAACACCUAUCAUGCAUGGGAUCUAGACCACCCCACGGUGCCGGAGACCACGACCGACAUCGCCGCCGGUGAUGGGGAACGUCACCUCCUCGGUGGCUGCCCGUUUCGCCUUCUUCCCGCCUGAACCGCCGACUUAUGAGGUGUUUAGAGAGGGUGGGGAGGAUGGCCGGCUUUGCUUGUCUGGGCUUGGGGUUGAUAGAAACGUUGACGUGCAUCUUGUGGAGACGCGUGCUGGGAAUCGGGUUGUUGCUACGUUUUGGCGGCAUCCUUCCGCGCGGUUCACCCUCUUGUACUCCCAUGGUAACGCUGCUGAUCUUGGCCAGAUGCUUGAUCUCUUUCUCGAGCUUAGAGCUCACCUCCGCGUUAACAUUAUGAGUUAUGACUAUUCAGGUUAUGGAGCCUCAACUGGGAAGCCAUCUGAAUUCAACACAUACUACGACAUAGAAGCUGUGUAUGAUUGCUUGAAGAGGGAGUACGGCAUAAAACAGGAGGACUUGAUUUUGUAUGGCCAAUCUGUUGGCAGUGGACCGACACUACACUUAGCGGCUCGUUUGCAGAAACUCAGAGGCGUCGUUCUUCAUAGUGCAAUUCUCUCGGGCAUACGAGUCUUGUAUCCGGUGAAGAUGACAUUUUGGUUUGAUAUCUUCAAAAACAUAGACAAGAUACGACAAGUCAACUGCCACGUCCUUGUUAUUCAUGGAACUGCAGACGAUAUAGUCGAUUUUUCACACGGAAAGCGUCUAUGGGAACUAUCGAAUGAAAAAUACGAUCCGUUAUGGAUCAAAGGUGGAGGUCAUUGCAACUUAGAGACAUAUCCUGAAUACAUAAAGCAUCUUCGAAAGUUCAUCGUUUCGAUGGAAAAACUCUCACUGGUGAAGUCAAGGAAGCAGAACAAUCCACCAACUUCAACUAUAACUGAAGUAAAGCACAACAAAUGCUUGAGAUUUGGAAAGAGAUGACUGAUUCCUUUGAUCAAAAUGGUUGUAUUUUUCUAUUAUUUUUAAUAGAAAAUUAAGUUGGAAUUUUACUUUGGACAUAAUAAGACAGAAAAAAAAAAAGAAAAAACAAAAUUCAUGUGAUAUUAAGAAGUAGAGAUAUCAUGAAACAAAAAUUUUCAUCUGAUAUUUAGUGAAACAAAAAGAAUAGAGACAAUGGUUGUA